ACACUGGACAUCAACACGGCACACAAACGCCUUCGUCUAUCUGAAGGGAACAAGAAGGUGACAUGUGAGAGGACAAAAGCCGAAUAUCCUGAUCAUCCUGACAGAUUUGACUACUGGCCUCAAGUUCUGUGCAGAGAGGCUCUGACUGGGACUCGCUGUUACUGGGAGGUGGAGUGCAGUGGAGACAACGUGCUGAUAGGAGUCGCAUAUAAAGGACUGGGCAGGAAAGGAGAGGGCUGGGAGUGCGUCCUUGGAAACAACGACAAGUCCUGGUGUUUGGUGUGUUCUCAUUCCCAGUACUCUGUGUGUCACAAUAACAUGGAGACUGAAAUCAGCGCCCCCUACAGCCCCACAAUAGGUGUGUAUCUGGACUGGCCUGCUGGCUCUCUGUCAUUUUAUAGCGUCUCACACACAAUGACCCUCCUGCACAGGUUCAACACCUCCUUCACUGAGCCCCUCUAUCCAGGGUUUAGUGUUGAUCCUCACUGCAGUGUCCUGAAGCUCCAAAUGUCCUCCUGCAGUCGUCUGAACCUCUGA